AUGGCAUCCAUCGCCCGCGCUUUGCGCCCUUUGUCACGUCCCCUUCCUACCCGCCUGGUCACACCUGCCCACGUCGCCCGCGCCGCCUUACCGAGCUCUUAUGCAUUCUCGACCACCUCUCGCAGGCGAGAGGUUGACCUCUCCAGCCUCACCCCCACCCCCAUCACCCUCCUCUCCGACACCGAGUCCAUGAUGGCCGACGCUGUCCAGAAGUUUGCCACAGAACAGAUUGGCCCCAAGGUCCGCGACAUGGACGAGGCUGAGACCAUGGACCCUGCCGUGGUGGAACAACUCUUUGAGCAGGGCCUGAUGGGUAUCGAGAUCCCCGAGGAAUACGGCGGUGCCGGUAUGAACUUCACCUCCGCCAUUGUCGCCAUUGAGGAGCUCGCCCGCAUCGACCCCAGCGUCAGUGUUAUGGUCGAUGUCCACAACACCCUCGUCAACACUGUCGUCAUGAAGUAUGGUGAUGCCCAGGCUCAACGCACCUGGCUCCCCAAGCUCAGCUCCGGCACUGUCGGCUCAUUCUGUCUCUCCGAACCCGCCUCGGGAUCUGAUGCCUUUGCCCUACAAACCAAGGCCGAAAAGACCGCCGACGGAUAUAAGAUCAACGGCUCCAAGAUGUGGAUCACCAACGCUAUGGAGUCUGGUUUCUUUAUCGUCUUCGCCAACCUGAACCCCAGCGCCGGCUACAAGGGUAUCACCGCUUUCAUCGUCGAGAAGGACACCCCCGGUUUCUCUAUCGCAAAGAAGGAGAAGAAGCUCGGUAUCCGCGCCAGCAGCACCUGUGUGCUCAACUUUGACGAUGUCCUCAUCCCCAAGGCCAACCUUCUCGGUCAGGAGGGCCAAGGACGUAUCGGUAUUGCCGCCCAAAUGACCGGCCUGGCGCUUGGCGCAUGGGAGCAAGCUGCUCGAUACGUCUGGAACGACCGCAAGCAAUUCGGCCAACUGAUUGGCGAAUUCCAAGGUAUGCAGCACCAGAUUGCACAGGCGUACACCGAGAUUGCGGCCGCGCGAGCCUUGGUUUACAACGCUGCCCGUAAGAAGGAGGCCGGUCAGGACUUUGUGCAGGAUGCCGCCAUGGCCAAGCUGUACGCUUCACAGGUUGCCGGUCGCGUGUCCGGAUCAGCUGUCGAGUGGAUGGGCGGCAUGGGUUUCGUGCGCGAAGGCACUGCGGAGAAGAUGUUCCGUGACAGCAAGAUCGGAGCGAUCUAUGAGGGUACUAGCAAUAUUCAAUUGCAGACAAUCGCGAAGGCUCUGCAGAAGCAGUACACCAACUGA